UUGGGUUUACUUGCGAAUUUAGUUGGAUUAAUAAUUAAUUAAUAUUAUUAAUUAUUAAUUGAUCCUUCUUAUUCGUGAGGUUUUUCCCUCCGUUUUAACGGAAAUUAACUUGUUUUAUUUGAAUAUUUCCGCCUUCCUUUUCAAAGGAUUAAACCAAGAUUGAACAUCAAAUCAAAUCGCGGAUCUUACGCCUGCGCGUAAAUAACGUAACUCCGCACGUAACAUGAGUCGGAUUGUCACGCUAUCUGGAGUUCCAUUAGAGAAGUUUAGUUGAGUUCAUUUCACGACGAUUCUCCGACGUGAACGCAAGGGAACGUGUUUAAAACCCGGGAUUCGUGUAUAUAUACGACCAAGAAGAAUGGUUCUUCAAUGUGGAUAAAUAUUAAAUACCACUGACAGUGUAGAGAAUCAUCGAUAUUAUUUCAAAUGUCAAUUUGAUUGACAGUUGAAUUUCUUUUCAAGACUUUACGGAAAUUAUUGUUUCAUUUGUGAGUUCAACGUACGAUUUAUAGUAAAAAAAAAAAAGAAAAGAAAAGAAAGAAAGAAAAAGGGAAAGAAAAAAAGAAGAAGAAGAAGAAGAGGGAAAAGAAAAAAAUGUGGCACCUUCAAUGUUGGAGUAAUUGUCUACGUUUGAAUUUUGACAGCGUGUGCUAUUUGUGGCCAAUGGAUGAAUUGUGGUAUCAGUAAUUAAUUAUGAGAAUCAAUUCAACGAAAAUGAGUACUCCGAUCGAGGAGAAGAUUGAUCAGAAGUUAAAGGUGCGGACGGGGAUGGUGGCAGUUAGCGAUGGCAAAAGUAAACCAAUUCCAAUGCGUUUAUACCUAUCGAUGGAGAUUUUGAAACUUCAAAGAGAAGAUUUAGAGCAGGCAACGAAUCAUAAUAAACCUCCAGUGGAUGCGAAAGAGCGAAUGGUUCAGAUAACGAGGCAAAAAGUUGGAGGCUUAGGAUUGAGUAUAAAAGGAGGAGCUGAGCACAAGCUUCCUGUUUUGAUAUCCAGGAUUUAUAAAGGACAGGCAGCUGAUCAAUGUGGUCAACUUUUCGUUGGAGACGCUAUUAUAAAAGUGAAUGGGGAAUACAUCACAGCCUGCAAUCAUGACGAUGCCGUGAAUAUACUUCGAAAUGCUGGCGACUUGGUUGUUUUGACAGUUAAACAUUAUCGAGCAGCGAAGCCAUUUUUACAGAAAAAUGAAAAAGAGGAGAAAUUGGACAAUGCAACAAAUGGCACUGCAGAGGAUGGAUGGGUUUCUCCCAGUAAACAGCCAGGAAGUCCUAAAUGCAGUCACAGUAGACAUGGUUCGAAUGCAUCUGCAAGUUCCGCCCACACAAAAAAAUGGGUCGAUCUAAUAACAGUUCCCUUGAUGAUGGCAUAUGUUACGAGAUAUAUAUUUGGUACUGAUAAAUUGAGGCGGAAUGCCUUCGAAGUAAGAGGAUUAAAUGGAGCCAGAACUGGAAUAAUACAUUGCGAUGAUAGUGCCAUUCUCAGUCAGUGGCUGAAAUUUAUUACAGAUAAUAUUACAGGACUGACUCAUUUUCAAAUGAAGUUAUAUAAUCGAAACUUUGGAGUAGGCGAGCGAAUCGAAUAUAUGGGCUGGGUAAAUGAGGCCAUCAGCAAUAGCAAUCAACCAUGGCAGAGUUACAGGCCAAGGUUUUUAGCUCUUAAAGGACCUGACUUGUUACUUUUUGAAACGCCUCCCUGCAACAUAGGAGACUGGUCACGAUGUGCAUUAACUUUUAAAGUAUAUCAGACAAUGUUUCGUGUUAUGAGGGAAUCGGAAAAUGUUGACGAGCGUCAGCAUUGUUUUUUAGCGCAGAGUCCAGGAAAGUCUCCAAGGUAUCUUAGCGUGGAAACGAGGCAAGAAUUAUUGCGAGUGGAAGCUGCGUGGCACACAGCCGUUUGCUCCGCAGUCACACAUCUUAAAAGCAAAACAUUUCCAGUGACUUUCAAUGGCAAAACAGCGGGUUUAACGUUGGAAUGGUCUCAAGGUUUUUCGCUUGCUUUCGACGGAAUGACGGAUAAUGUUUGGAGGUACAAGUUUUCCCAGCUUCGUGGGUCCAGUGACGAUGGCAAAAGUAGAUUAAAAUUACAUUUCCAAGAACAUGACAGUAUUGCUAUUGAAACUAAGGAAUUGGAAUGCUCCCAAUUACAGAAUUUAUUAUUCUGCAUGCACGCUUUUCUAACUGCAAAAGUGGCAGCAGUUGAUCCAACUUUUUUAACGUCGACAACACCGUAAGAUUUUUAUUAUUAAAUACAGUAAGUCCGACUGAACUCAAUUUACUCAAUUCUUUCGAAAGAAUAAUCGUUACGUUUUUCGAAAAAAGACAAAAAAAAUAACAAAUAGAAAGAAAGAGGGAAAGAAAGAUAGAAAAAAACUAAUGAAAAUCCACCCCAAGAAGUUCUAGUCAAUAAUCCAAAUGAUUAUUUUAAUUUUCAAUUUUUAAUACUAUUUUUUAUUCGAAAAACAUUUUUUGUUUUUUUCUACUAAAAAAGAAUUUACCAAAAAAAAAUGAAAAUUCUCUAUAUCUACAAUUUUGAGUAUUUUAAAUUAUAAUUUUAAAUUAUAAUUAUUGACAAUUUAUAGAAAUAUUUACUAGACUGAGUAUUCUUUAAGUGUUUCUGUUUUAUAUUCAGAAACAGAUGUUGUAUAGUUAUAAUUUGCAGUAUGUAUGAUAAUUUCUUUUGAAAUUAUGGAAUUGCUUAGGAAAAAGAAGAAAAAAAAAACAAUUAUCUAGUUUAGGAGAGAGAAAAUUACAUAGAUUAAUAAAAAGAAGAAUCACAUUUUUAAGUCGUAAAUGUAAGUGAAAAAAAAAUUUAGUUUUUCGUUCUUUCGAAUUUCUAUUUUCCAUAUUGAAGACGUAAAUUACAAUAUAAAUAAUUGUUAUCGCGAAUUUACUGGUUUGUAAUUUCAUGAAUUUUAAGUAACAACAAGGGAGGCAAAAAAAAAGGUUAAUAAAUUUUUUUAUUAAAACAUAUCGAGUAACUUAAAAAUUAUGAAAAUACAACUUAAUUUAAUGAAAAAUGCAA